AUGGCUCCCUAUAAUAGAGUAUAUGACCAUAAACAGUACGGCGACAUCCAGAUACGUAGUAUUACUCGAGAAUCCAUUCUUAAAGAUGACAAAGGAAAACCAUUGAACGCCAUGACAGUAUUCUCAACAGUCGUAUCACACCUCCGACAAGAUGCGCUCAGCAAAAUAAAUGAGCGAUCCGAUGGUCCAGGCUUUAAGGAGGACGACAUUCGCUGGGUACUCACUGCUCCCGCUAUCUGGUCUGACCAGGCGAAGCAGUUCAUGAGGGAGGCGGCAAACAAGGCUGGAAUACGUUCCUGUCAGCUUGACAUCGCCUUGGAACCAGAGGCAGCCUCCAUCCAUUGUAAACACAUAUCUGUCAACAAACGAGGACCGAAGGAUGAAGAGGACUGUGCUGGCAUGGAAUCGUUUCGUCCUGGCACUAAAUACAUGGUGCUAGAAGCAGGAGGAGGUGCAGGAAGACGGCACACUCCACCAAGUUUACAUGGCGAACGGAGGCAACUGGGGAGGGACAAUGCGACUGGGGAGGGACAAUGGUAGACGUGGCGUAUGAAGA